AUAAUUGGUAUGUUGCAGUCUUCGAUGCUCUGUACGUGUGCCCGACACGGGAUACUUUCUAUUGGGAUGCAGCUGACCAUUAAUCAGCAACGCCCCCCUAGUAUGUACCCCAUAUCUAGCGUGGUGCGUCUUUCUCGCCUCGAGGAAUCCAGGAUAGAAUGGUCACUAGCCGGCGCAAUCAUCAGCUCGUGUAGAGUUGUCAUGAGCGGUACAACCUUUGGCUCUUGUUGAAUGAUCAGUGGACUGCACAAUCUUCGGCCCGUGCAUCUGUAAAGAGUGUGUGUAUGUAUUGCCGCGACUAAGUAAAAGUUUAUCGAUCGGAUAGGAGGGAUAUGAAACGGGGGCACAACGAAGGAAACAUCAUUAAACGUUGACAUCGGCGUUUCUGAGGAACAGAUAUAGAUGAAGCAGAAGAUCAGGAUCCCGGCUACCUAAGAUAUCCCGGACGGGGAUAUCCGAUUAUCUGCCUUGUGCUCUCAGUGCUCUAGAGAGCUGAGAGCGAGCAGCAUGGAACCGGAUACACGACCAGACAACAUGCUCGAUGUCGUGGUAGCCAUCGCCACAAUCACAAAGAUUGUUUGCUGCGAGCCCAAUGCGAUAGAGAUGCGCGUUUAGGUUGUAGUGAUUGGACAUAAGCCGAGAUAUCACGCGAAUGAAAAAACGUUUGCACGGGUUAAAAGUGGUAAUUUUAACUUAGGAGACGAAGAACGUUCCAGACCGCAAAAAAAGUUAGAAGAUGAAGAAUUAGAGGCUUUACUCAAUCAAGAUCCGUCACAAACGCAACAAGAACUUGGAGUAGCUCAGAAAACCAUAUCCGAUCGUUUUAAGCGACUAUCGUUGGUUUAUUGGUCAUUUGUUUGAAGUUGAAUCUGAAUCCAUUUGAAUGAAUGAAUAAAUGAAUAUUUGGGGCAAUUCGAAAACGAGAGCGUUACGUUGUCUCUUUGUCGAUUGAACGAAAUGAUAUGAUGAUCACUUCAUUAUUUGAAUAUAAAAAUAUUCUACUGACGGGGAAGAAUAAUCUUCGGAAGCAUUCCUGUCAAUUGCACUUGACGAAAUAUAUUUGGUCGCAGUACUAUACAAAGAGAAAACAAUAAAAUAAGCUCUUUCGCUUGAAUGUAACUCGCAAUUCUAAGCAGAAAUUGAAGCCAAUGAAGUCUUCUUUGAAAAAAUACUACACUACCUAAAAAAAUGAUUUUGAUUCCGACAUUAUUGAUUGCAUUUGUUUUUUAUAGUUUGCAUGGCCUCGGUACGCUUCUAUCACAAUUAAUGAAAUGUUAUUAUUUGUGACAUAAUCAAUUGAAUAACUGAAAAUGUCAAGCGCUAUAUAAACGCUCUUACUGACCCGUUUAGAUUGGCCCGAUUUAUGGUUUCCUCAACACAGCCAUCAAAACCGACGUGCCUGGGGAAAUUGGCAUUGCAAAUACAUACAAGUUGUGUAGGGGGGAGGCUUUUGUUCUCACCGACAUGUGUGCCCUAACAUAGCCAUCUAAACCAAGGUGCCUUACAUUACAGGGCGUUUGUUCUCCCGCCACUUCUCGUUUGGGGGUCAUCGGAGCAACCUCGUUGCCGGCGGGUGUUGAGUGGGAAUGGAUUGUCUUAAGACAGGUGAAGGAGAAGUAAUGUAGUAGUUUUCAUUCCACAAGAACCCUUCUCAGCGUUAGAGACGAAUGAACUGCAAAAGUUUCUAUACACCAAACAAGGAAGGAAGAAAGGCGUUUGUUCAAAUUCCUUACUUACACAGUAAAUGUGUUGAAUUCAGUUGAAUUCUAAAAUUGUUUCAUUCAACUAAUAAUUAAAUCAAUAAAAACGAAUGAUUACUAAGCUAACGAUAGUCCCUCGUCAACCUUGCGGUUAUACCAACCCAUGUUUUUGUUCUUGAGAAAUGAUUUUUCAAAAUUAACCGAUGAUCCGAAAAAUCCAUUUUUACUCUUUUUUCCACAACAAAAAUUUAUAACUUUUGAACUACUGGACUGAUUUAGAUGAUUGACAUAUCAAUUUAAUCCAUUAAGCUAACCUUGCUUGAAAAAAUAUUACACUUGGGAAAAAAUCGUAAUUAUUAAUUGUAAUUGGUUUUCAUAGUUUACAUGGUUCCGGAACCAAGGGCAUCAUAUUUUUUGCUAUAUUUUAAUGUUUCCGUAAAUUCAAUGUAGCGAAUAAUUGUCUUGAAUUUAAUAUAUCUAAAAAUGUAUUCAAAAAUAGAAUUAAGGAACUCGCCUAAGUAAACAGUCUGUAGGAAUCUUUAAAUCCAAGACGGCGAAAUAAAUAAAUUAAAAAUUAAAAAAUAAAAAGGGGGGAAAAUUGAAUUUUCGAACCACCCUAAAAAAAAAUUUAAAAAAACGAUUUUAUACUUUGCAAUAAGAAACAAACCUACCAAUUUUCACGAAUAUCUGAGAACCAUUAUAUCUAAACUGACCAGAAGUCCCGCGUUACGCGGGACAGUCCCGCAUUUCAACAAAAUGUCCCGCGUAAGAUUCCGUCCCGCGAAACGUCCCGCUUUUGGCAAAAGAUACGAAAAUGUCCCGCAAUAUCAAUAUAUUUCAAUAUCACAAUUUGAUCAUGUUGAUUUUUUUAAAGGGAUGAACCUCAAAAAAAAAAACAAAAUCUAAACCACCGAAAAAUCACAACUAAGUGCCGAUACUCAGAAAAAAAUAAUACUGAUCAGUUUAGACUCGCUAAACUAUGGUUUAUGUUCACAUAACGUAUACACAUAUCGUUUUGUUAUUUGUGUCCCGCGUUAGACCUCUGACCAUCUGGUCACUUUAAUUAUAUCGGUUUGGCAUGGAAUGGCCGAGCUAGUAUCCUUCUUAGAGCCCUCAACUUUGUCUGGGAGUUAUUGAGAAUCAUGUUCUAUAAUACUACUAGCUGACCUGGCAAACUUCGUCCCGCCCAAAAUUUAUUUUUCAUUAUCACAUCCACGUUUUCUUACUAAGCGCACGUUCAUGGGUUCAAUCGCAGAACAGUUCAUUAAUUGAUCUUCUAAUCUACCCUUUGAAAUUAUUUUUUACUAAAAAAUGGGUGGGUUAUAUCUAUGAUACAACCGCAAGGUUGACGUGGGACUACCUUAGCUUAGCAAUCACUUGUUUGUAUUGAUUAAACUCUUGAUUGAAUGAAACAAUUUCCGAAUUCAAUUGAAUUCAAUAUAUUUGCUUCGUGAGUAAAAAGAUUGAACAAGUAAGGUCAAUUCAUGCAUUUUUAUAGAUUAUGUUCUUCGUUAAAAGUAAAUUAAACGACAGUCCUUUUACGUUUGGUUUAAGUUUCGAAAUAUGUGAACGGAAGAAUAAUCAAACGAUUAUUAUGCAUCCCUCAAGUGAACGUACUUCUCGAACUGCGAAUUUGCUUGAAACCUGAAAGUUCAUUCGCCUCUAGUGUCUGCACGAUAUUCCCAGGUUCUUCUUCUUUCUUCUUCUUCUUCAAAGGCACUAACGUUCCUAGAGGAACUUCGCCGUCUCAACGUAGUAUUACUUGCGUCAUUUUUAUUAGUACUUAGUUGAGAUUUCUGUGCCAAAUAACACGCCUUGAAUGCAUUCUGAGUGGCAAGCUCUAGAAUACGCGUGACCACAGUGCAAGACGGAGGCAAUUUCUUUGACGAAAAAUUCCCAGGUUCCUAAGUCUAGAAGACCAUGUUAGGGAAACAUGUUAUAGUCUGCACAUAGGCAAGCGAGUACAAAAGUACUUAUAGUUUGCAUUUAUUUGCAAAGCCGAUUUCCCCAGAAAUCUUAAAUUUGAAAUCUGUGUUAGGGAAACACAUUUCAGUCGAAACAAAAAUGCCCCCAACCUGCAUGUAUUUGCAAUGUCGAUUUCCCCAGAAACCUUGGGUUUGAAGGCUGUGUUAGGGAAACAUGUUUCAGUUGGAACAAAAAUACCCCCGACCUAUCUGAAUUUGUAAUGCCAAUUUCCCCCAGACACCUGGCUCAGAAGUCGGUGAUGGGGAAACACAUAUCAGUUGGAACUAGAAUACUCCCGACUCGCAUGUACUUGCAAUGUAAAUAUCCCCACGCUCCAUGGAUUUGAAGGCUGUGUUAGGGAAAGACAUUUCAGUCGGAACAAAAACACCCGACUUGUAUGAAUUUGCAAUGCCGAUUUCCUUCGGGCACCUUGGUUAUGAAAUCUCUGUUAGGGAACACAUUUCGGUGAGAACGAAAACUCCCCCUACUUUCAUGUGUAUGCAAUGUCGAGUUCCCCAAGGCUGCUUAGUUUUGAUGGCUGUGUUGGGGAAACCGUAAAUCAGGCCAAUCGAAACAAGGCAGUUAGAGCGCUUAGAUAACGCUUAACGUUUUACAGUUAUUCAAUUGUUUAUCUAAUGAAAAUAACAUUUCAUUCAUUGCAAUAGACGCGUAGAAAUAUUCCUUAUCAAUAGAUGCAAACCUCUUUCCGAUCCAGUAAGAAAUAUUCGAGUUAUAGGUAUUCGGAAUCUUUCAUUUUUUCCUGCAUGUCCUGUGUUUAGGUUUUCAUAUUACCCCCCAUAUAUUCCGGUUAGACGUAGUCCCACGUCAAAAAUUUCAGUACUUCUACCAAAACUCGACAUUAUAAUAAAGGAUUAUUUUCAGACACAAUUCUCGUGCAAGAUUUUUCAUCCACUUGCAAAUAACAUGUUUCUCCGUUACAUAAAUGUUAAUAAAUGUUUCAUACAGAAAAUAUGACAGAAUGAAGACAGUCCUAAAUCGGACAAUUCCUUUCUCGAAUUUUGCUCCUAUCAACACAUUCGGCGAUGCAUUUUUAUUUAUAUAGAUAGAAAUAGAUAUACUUUCGAACGAUGAUCAAUUUCGUUACCGCAAGCAUCAAAUGGUAGUCCAUUUGACGUUGUCAAUAUGUAAUUGUAUUUUUCGAAUUUUCCUAUUUUCUUUCAGAGUUUUCCGAAAAUUUUCAAUUGUCAUGUUUGGUUGGAAUAUGCUUGGUUGAAAUAUUUGCAUUAUUUUUAUGGGGCCCCCUCUCCUUUCCAAAGGAGGAAGGGGUUUCAUACCAUCAUAGAAACAUUUCUGGUACCAAAAAACCUUCACAUCCCAAAUUUGGCUUCAUUUGCUUGAUUAGUUCUCGAGUUAUGCAGAAGUUUGCGUUUCAUUUGUAUGGUAGCCCCCAUGCCCUUAGAGAGGGGGUUAGUGUGUCGAACAACCAUAGAAACGUUUCGUGCCCCCUACAACCUCCACAUGCCAAAUAUGGCUCAAUUUGCAUGAUUGAUUCUCGAGUUAUGUAGAAAUUUGUGUUUCAUUUGCAUGGAAGCCCCCUUUAGAGAGAGUGUCAAACUACCAUAGAAACGUUUAUCGAUCCCUAAAACCUCUAUAUGCUAAGUUUGAUUCCAUUUGUUUGAUUAAUUCUAGAGUUGUGCAACCUUACCCCCCCCCCCCCCCUUUCAGAGAGAAGAAAGGAGUGUCAAACAAAUAUGUAUCCAUAUGCCAAAUUUGGUUCCAUUUGCUUGAUGAGUUUUCGAGUGAUGUAGAAAAUCCCUCCCUUAGAGAGGGAGGGUGGAGUGUCUAAACGCCGUAAAAACAUUUAUUGCACCCGGAAAUCUCCACAUGCCAAAUUUGGUUUCAUUUGCUUGAUUAAUUCUCGAGUACGGUAGAAAUUUGUGUUUCAUUUGUAUGGCAGCCCCCCUUAGAGAGGGGGCGGAGUGUCUAAUCACCAUAGAAACAUUUAUUGCAUCCUAAAACCUCCAUAUGCCUUAUUGGGUUUCACUUGCUUGAUUAAUUCUCGAGUAAUACGGAAAUUUGUGUUUCAUUUGUAUGGCAGCCCCCUCUUAGAGAGGGGGUGGAGUGUCUAACCACCAUAAAAACAUUUAUUGCACCCUAAAACCUGCAUAUGCCUAUCAUGGUUUCAUUUGCUUGAUCAAUUCUCGAGUAAUGCAGAAAUUUGCGUUUCAUUUGUAUAGCAGCUCCCCCAAAGAGAGGUGGGAGGAGUAUAUAACCACCAUAGACUAAUUUAUUGCACCCUAAAACCUCCACAUGCCAAAUAUCGUUUCAUUUGCUUGAUCAAUUCUCAAGUAAUGUAUAAAUUUGUGUUUUAUUUGAAUGACUAAAUACCCCCCCCCCACCCCCUAGUGAGGGGGGAGGGGUUUCGAACUAUCAUAAGAACCUUCCCUGACCCCAAAAACCCCUACAUACCAAUUUUUAUUUCGGUAGGUACAGUAGUUUCCGAGUCCAUAAGAAUCAGACAGACAGACAGACAGAAAUCCAUUUUUAUAUAUAUAGAUUUCAUGAAUAAAAAGAAGAAGCGUUCCUGCUGGUUUGAUUAUAGUUAUGGGUCAUUGUUGUAAACGUAAUCAUUACCGUGAGUGAUAUGCGAUAAUUUACCAACACAUUUCAUGAAUAUCGCUUCAUUGUGACGCUACAGCGCGAAUAAUGUUAUACUCAAUUUUACUCUCAAGAUGAUGCGAACAAAUAUUAAGACUUUUUCAUCGUCGCUGCAUUUUUCAAAACGAAAUUCUGAAGAUCACAUAAAUCAACUGAGUCAACAGAUGAUUAUAUUUUUGUGUAUAUUUUUUCACACAUUUUCAAACCAACCUGCAGUUCUAACUCUGCUAUCAACAACCGAAACAUUGAUUGAUUAGUUUGUCCUCUAUCAAUGGGACUGGAGAGAGAUAUCGUUUAGGGUUUGAAUGAGUGUACGAUCUGCUCGUUUCUCUCACCCAAAUAUCGUUGAAAAGUGCAUUCUAUCAUCCAGUCAAGUGAGAACCACAUCGUGAAAAUGAUUGAGCUCUGUAUUGCGCUGUCCGUGUUGGCUGCUUGCUUGUAUUUCAAAUGGUCUUGUAGCUACUGGCGCCGCGUGGGUAACAUUGAUGGACCGCAGCCUCUUCCAUUUUUCGGCAAUGUUUUCGAACAGCUCAUUGCGAAGAAGCAUUAUGACGAUAUUUACGACGAUAUUUAUCGUUCAUAUCCCUCGGCAUUGUGGGUGGGAAUCUACGAGUUGUUCAACAAACCAGCGGUCGUUGUUCGUGAUAUGGACCUGGUGAAGGAAAUUCUUGUGAGCAACUUUCAGAGCUACAACAAAAACUCCUUCCGAGUGGAUGAGACCAUCGAUCCCCUCAUUGCGAUGAACCCAUUCACUCAAUCCGGGGACAAAUGGAAGCAAAGGCGGUCCCAAAUAACGCCAGUUUUUUCCACGGCAAAAAUACGAGCUGUUGUACCAAUAAUUAAAAAUAUCACGGAAAAUUUCUUGGAACAUGUUACCAGCAACCGUGUGAUAUGCCCGGAUUUCGAGGCCAACGAUAUUUGUGCGAAGUAUACCAUCGACGUUGUAGCUAGCUGCGCUUUUGGUAUAGACGCCGAGUCAUUCCAUAAUCCCGAUGCCGAGUUCCGACGGAAUGGUCUAGCGGUUUUUAAAUCAGAUUCGCUCGUUGCAUGGUUGCGCCCGUUCCUGACCCAUUUUGCUCCUUGGCUUUCGUCAAUGUUGAAAUUACCGUUUGUCCCUCGAGAUGUAGAUCGAUGGUUUCGCGCAGUGAUAGGUGAAGUCAUGCGCCAACGCAGAGAUGGUGAAAUAAAACGACAAGAUCUGUUCCAAGCGAUUUAUGACUCACUCUCACAAAACGGCACGAUCGACGUGAACGCUACUGAAAUUGUUGGACACUCUGUCACAUUCCUCAUUGAAGGAUUCGAAACAUCCAGCAUCCUAAUGAGCUACAUGCUUUAUGAGCUGGCAGCCAACCAAGAAAUUCAGGAUAAAGUACUGGAUGAAGUAGAUUCUGUAUUGAAAGAAUGUAAUGGAACCCUAACCGAUGAGGCUUUGUAAAAAUUGGUUUACAUGGAAAGGGCUAUGUACGAAACACUGCGGAUGCACAGUGCGCUUUUCACUCUGCAAAAGGUCUGCACUAAGGAUAUCGAAUUGCCUCCCCAAUAUCCAGCCGACAAGAAAAGGAUCUGGUUGAAGAGUGGAAUGACAGCCAUUAUU